UCCACAGAAUGCUAGCUUUUCGACUAACUUUACUUUACCUUCUUUACCCCAGUAAAGCUCUCUCAGAAUCAUCAACUGAGCCUUCCACAACAUCGUUGAGCUGUUAUUGGUUGGGAGAUUCAUUCGCAACAACUGACAAAACUAAUGAGUAUAAGGGAACUUGUUGUACAUCAGAAGCUGUUGAAGAAUUGGAAAAUAGUGAAGAAUGGAAAUGGUUGCUUAAAUCGGAAGAAACAACUGAACGCUGGAAUGGAUUGACACAAUUCUUGUUUUGUGUGAAGGGAGCUUGUUCGGAUCCGAGUCCUGUGUGGACAAACUGUACAGAAACCACGUCAACUGCUUCAACAGAAUUCACAAUAUCUAGUACUUCUUUGAAGACCUCAACUUCUGACUCUACCAGCACUGAACCACGCAUCUCUACAACAACGGAUACAAAAGAUACAACGACCGAAGAUCCUGUCAGCUCAACCGAUCAAUCAUCCACCUCUCCCCAUGAAACAACACGAGAUACAACCACAGAGGGUACCACAUCGGAGGACUCUACUUCAACUUAUGGAAGCACUGAAAGAUCAUCUUCACCUAAACCUACUUCGGAAUUUUCAACAUCAACUGAGAGUGAUUUCACUGAAUCUACAAGAUCUUCCGAAACUACCUCUUCAAUAGAGACUAACUCUUCAACGUCACCAGUUUCUACGACACCCGAAUAUGAUUCAACUUCAAGUGGAAAUUCUGAGACUACUGAGUCUGAUGGUACUACAACAACUGUAUUCACGACAACUAAAGAUGAUACAUCUACAGUUUCGGGAGAUUCAAACUCGGGUUCGUCUACUUCGGAGUUCAAAAACACUGAAACCACAACUGGGCCUGGAUCGACUGUCUCUGAACCUAGUUCAAGUGAACGCUCGGAUCUGGACAGUUCAUCUGUUUCAGACAGAUCCACAGACUCUCAGGAUCGCACAACAGAAAUUGGAUUACAGGGACCCAUAUUGUCCGAUGACUCGAACAAUCCAGAUCCUUCUACAACAUCAGCUUUGACAUCGGGUGGAACAUCGACAACUUCGAGAGCCUCCUCCGCAUCUGAUGAUCCCACUACAACAGGCCCUUCUACAACAUCCGGAAGCACGGCUUCUACUACAUCCGGUAGCCUAUUCUCCACAUCACUGGGAUCAUCACAAUCACCUGGAAGUUCUGUUUCUACAACACCAGGGCCUUCUACCAUUUCUGGAAUCUCACAGUCGACCACUUCCGGUCCUACUACCACAUCUGAACCAAGUACUACAUCUGGAAGUACAGUAUCAGACACCUCUGGUCCGUCAACAACAUCUGGACCCUCUACGACUUUAGGAACCACGCAGUCGACAACUUCCGGUCCUUCUACAACACCUGGUAGUACUAUCUCGACAACCUCCAGUGCGUCCACUACUUCAGGCCCAUCAACUUCUUCAGGUAGUACAGUUUCUACUACUUCUGGCCAAUCAACAUCAUCUGGAACCACAAAAUCAACUACUUCUGGUCCAACUACAUCGUCAGGACCCUCCACUGUAUCUGAGCGCACGUUAUCUACUACAUCAGGCCCAUCCACAACAUCUGGACCUUCAACAACAUCUGGAAGUACCGUUUCAACUACACCAGGAGCCUCUACAACGUCUGGAAGCACACAAUCAACAACAUCUGGUCCGUCUACUAGUUCAGGGCCAUCGACCGCUUCUAGAAGUACUGUAUCCACUACAUCAGGUCCAUCCACAACAUCUGGACCUUCAACAACUUCCGGUCCUUCUACAACAUCUGGAAGCACAAAAUCAACAACCUCUGGUCCGUCUACAACUUCAGGAAAAAAUAUUUCAACUGUUUCAGGAAAAUUAACAGGUUCAACGACAUCAGCAACAAUUUCAAGUGCAUUUGGAGGGAAUGUGACUUUUACCUCAAAACCUUCAAACUCAUCAGGAGGGACAACAUCUUCCGGGAAAAAUUUCUCGCAAAAUACAACGUCUGCAGCAAAUGGAACAACUCAAGCAGUUAACAAUGGCAAAUCUGGCUCAACACUUCCAACCAAUUCAUCUUCUGGAUCUUCUGAUUCAUCAACAUCACCAUCAACAUUCACAGUUUCUUACAACAACACAAAUUCCUCUAUCACUUGCAUCGAACCAUCCCUGAACUUGACCUACACUUCCAGUCCAACUUCUUCACAAAUCAAAAGCAGUUAUUCUGUCGGAGAGCUCAUCACUCAAGUUUGCCCGCAAUCUUAUGUUUUUGAAAUUGCACUGCAACCUGUGAAGAUCUAUAAGUGCUUGAAAACAGGAAAAUGGGCAGGAUCACCAGAGAAUUGUAUUUAUGGAAAGAGUGAACUAAAAUUGCCAACAAGACUUUAAUGAUUUGUUAAAAUUUUAAAUCUAUGUCCGGAAAUAAAUUAAUUUGUGUUA